GGAUUUUUACGCGACUACGUUUUGGGCCCCCAAAGCCGCAAGUUCAAGCCCACUUCACUUGCACCGUCGCCAUCCAACUUCCCCUGGACCCCUGCUACCCUGUCCGGCCGACCAAGUGUGCGCGCCUCCCACCACGCGAGCGAGCCAAGCCAAGCCAAUAUUGCUGCCAGCUUCCCCCCCAAAUCGACCAUCCAUCCCGUCCCAUCUUCGCCCGCGCUCGUCCACUCGUUGCUCCUUCUUAACCUCGUCCUCCCCCCAGCCAGAGCCAGGGAUCGUCGCCGCCUUCCAAGAGCCUCACCCUGCCUCGUCUUGCCCCUUCGCCAGACCAGAUCCGACAGAGCUGAUCGUCUCGACGACUCGACCACGGCGGGCAACUUCUUAACCCCCCUAUCGAGUGCUACGGCCCACCUACUGGCGACCGACAGAAACUGCAAGCUUGGAAGCAACUGGACCUCGUUCGACUCGACCUCAACCGCCCCGAAUUACCCCAAUUGUGGACGCGACCAAUCUCUCAAAGUCUUGUCGUCGACUGUAGCAUCGUCGACUCGUCAACUUUUCGGCCAUUAG